AUGAUAUUCAUCCUUGUCCUACUUUCCACUCUUCUCUUAAUUUACCUAUUUCAUUUGUUGUACUGGAAGAGAAGGAAUUUGCCACCCGGGCCCACGCCACUUCCGAAAUUCGGCAAUUGGCUAUCCAUGGUUUUUCCGAUGCCAGGAUAUGAGUGCUUCAGAAGAUGGACCAAGAAAUAUGGAGAUGUUUACACUUUCUGGCUAGAAUCCGAACCCUAUAUCAUCAUUGGAUCCUAUGAACGAAUGAAAGAGACCUUCAUCCGAGACGGUGACUUUCGUGAAUUUACUGCACACGGAAGACAUUUCGGAGCGAUUAGCUGUCGCGCCUGUGCCGCGUUUUUCAGACGUGCCGGAAAACGAAGUUCCAAAUCUCAGGAUAUAGUUUGCUCGAAAGGAAAUUGCACAACUGCUGAGGAUGGAACAUUUUACUGCAAAGCUUGUCGGCUUAAAAAAUGUCAUGAAGUUGGAAUGGAUUCUAGCAAAUUCCAAAAUGAUCGAGAUCUCAUAUGCAACUGCUCCCAAAUUUCCAUACCGUCCAAACUGUCAUCUCCUCAAAGCCUCGCGAAUUUCCUAGGACGCCCUGAGAUGAUUUUGCCUUGCGAACCGGAAAACGCUUCAACCUCAAAAGUUAUCAUCGACUUGAGUUUUCUUAUCAAUAAGGCGGUCGAUGUGUUUAAUGAUUCUGUAUAUCUCCCAUCGCCAUGUAACUUUGGGAACAGUCUAGAAAAGAUGGUGUGGGCACUUGAAGACUUGAAUGCAAUGCGAUUCGACACCAAAGUAGAGUUUCAGACGAAAAUUGGGCAACACGAGCUGUUCAGUUUUUGGGAAGGAUCAUUCAUUAAAACUGUGAAAUGGUUCUCAAAGUUUCCAGAGUUUAUGGAACUGCCAAUGCAUGUUAAAGUGAUUAGAGAUUGUGAAAUCUUCUUGGCUCAUUUGGAUUCGUUUGGACCAACAAGCACAUACUGCAACCUUCGAAGAAAACAAUUCCUGGGAGAUGAUUUGUCUAUGAGUGGAGAAGGAAGAUGUAUGAAUUUGAAGAGUGUGGAAAUUGAUUUAGGUUUCAUCACAAAAUACUCAAAUGAUCAAAUACAAGCAUUCCUGAACCCGGAUAAAUUCAAACUAUGGAAGCUGUCCAUCGAUGAACUAUUGAAACUGAAUCCCACGAACGUUGAGCUCAAUUUCAUGCUCAUCCAGUUGUGUCUCCAACAUGCGGAGAGAAAAUUUCCCGGAGAGAUCCGAGCGGCGAUUGGGAAGCUUCUGGAAAUCCAAGCUAACAAUUUGCACGACCACUAUGUGAAAACUAUGAAGACACCGAACUACUCAGGAAGACUCACAAAAAUGAUGAAAAUUUUACAAAUUAUUGAGGAAGACAUUCGAAAUCGAAGAGAAGUAGCUCAGCUUGUCAAAUUUUUUGAUGUUUUUUUCAUCGAUUUUUCACAUCCUGAAAUGUUUGAAAUUUUCUAG